GGAAACAUUAAUCCUAAAUAUCGAUCAAAACUAGCUGCCAUUCGUCUACUUGCCAUUGCAAAAAAGAGUGCGCUUUCUGAAUGUGGUGUAGAUGGAAUCUUGCAAAGGCUGCAUGAGGACUUAGUGAAGCUAUAUAAUGGAGUUAAAAUUCAAACUGGAAAUGGUGAACGUGAAAUAUUUGGAGCAUUAGUUUCAUUAUGUGGAGACACUUUGGCGCAACAUGAGCUUUGCGGGUUUAAAGAGGGUGUUGGGUUUGCUCAUAGUAAAUGCAGGCAGUGUGAAUGUUCAUUUGAGGACAUGCAAAUUUAUUUUGAUGAGGAUAACUUUGAGGAACGGACAUUUGAACGACAUGUCCGGCAAUGUAGCGAAAUUGAGAAGGCCAACACAGAGUAUCUAAGAAGCAGCUUAAAAACAACAUAUGGAAUAAACAGAAGAAGCAAACUUAUUAAUUUCCCAGCAUUCAACUUGAUCCAACAAACACCCCAAGACAUGAUGCAUGUAAUUUUUGAAGGGAUUGCUCCAUUAGAAAUAAAGUGUGUGUUGAAACACUUAGUUCUUAUGGGAGAGCUAGACUUAGAUCUCUUCAAUGCUGCAAUGACUGGUUUCCCAUACUCUCCAGUUGAUAUUAGAGAUAAACCAAGUGUUAUUACCUACAGUACAUUAGCUUCCAGUGACAAUAAGUUGAAGCAGUCCUCGGGGCAAAUGAUUGUUCUUCUGAAAAUUUUGCCAUUUCUGAUUGAUGCAGCCAAAGGUACUGAACACUACGCAUUCAUUCUUGAACUCAUUGAGAUAGUUCAGAUUUUACUUGCUCCUGUCAUCAGUCUGCAGACAAUUAACAAGUUGAAAAUCCUCAUUGAACAGCACUUGAAUCACAUGAAAGCCCUUUUCCCAGAUAACAACAUCACACCAAAACAACAUUAUUUGAUUCAUACACCAAGCCAAAUUAAACGUUUGGGACCAAUGGUCCGUCAUAUGUGCAUGAGAUUUGAAUCGAAACAUUGCUUUUUCAAACAAUGGGCAUCAAAAAUAAAUUUUAAAAAUGUUUGCAAAUCUUUAAUAAAGCAUAAUCAAAUGUAUGAAUGUUGUCAGAAUGUGGAUAGUUUUGAUCACCCCAUUUUUUCCAAUGAAUGCACAUUAGGACCAACCUCAGAAGUAAGCAACAUGUCAUACUUAAAAGAAAAAAUGAGGGCCUUCCUUGGAAAUGAUGAAAUAAACCAUGCAGUGAGUGUUAAAUGGCUUAAUCUAAAUGGUAACAAAUACAUAAGGGAUAGGUCAUUAAUUGUUUGCGCUGUUGGUUCUAGUGGUUUACCUAUAUUUGGGCUUGUGAAAAAUAUCUAUGUGAUCAAUUCAUCAUUGUACUGUUUUGAAUUCCAGCAGCACAAUACCAUUUGUUAUGACAGAGAUUACAUGUCAUAUAAGAUAGAGAUUCCAAACAUGGCACAAGCAACGGAACUGAUAUCUGCUGAUAAUCUUAUAGAUUUCACUCCAUAUUACAGUUUCACACACAAAGAUAUGACAUAUGCAGUCAUGAAAUAUUACCUGUGUGAUGUAAUUGGACUACACAUGAGUUCAACAGAUGUUUUAUAAAAGGUACACUGCUUUACAUGCAUGAACUGUAUUAUCAGGUUAUUGUUUUGGACAGUUUUGUUGUUGAGUUUUCUAUCAAAUCUGACAGUUGAAUGUGAUUGUAGCAUUGCCACAGUGAAGAUAUGUGUACUGAUACUUGUCUGAUGCUGAUCUAUUAAUCUGUUUGACCUGGCCUAAAGUGAAUGAGUUAUGCUGUUUCUGUUUUUCAAAUGGGUCUGUAUUUGAUGUUUAUCAUGUGCUUUUAGUUCCAGCUUUUGUGCAUGUUGUGUCAAACUUGACAGCAGUUUUAUUACACUUUAGUGUCAAUAAAUAAAUUUCUUAAACUGA